GUACUCAUCUUCCCAAAUUGCCCCUCUCAACGCUACCUAUUUCCGCCCCCUACCAUGGCCGGAAGAAGGACCAUGCACGCCGUCCGGUACGACGGCUACGGCGGCGGCGCUGCCGCCCUCGAGCAUGUUGAGAUUUCAGUUCCUGUACCAAAGAAAAAUGAGGUUUUAUUAAAAAUGGAAGCAGCAAGCAUUAAUCCACUUGACUGGAAAGUUCAGAAAGGAAUGGUACGACCAUUAUUGCCACCAAAGUUUCCAUUCAUACCAGUAACUGAUGUUGCGGGGGAGAUUAUUCAAAUUGGUUCUAGAGUUAAGAACUUGAAAGCAGGUGACAAAGUUGUGUCCAUGCUUGGAUAUUGGAAUGGAGGCGGACUUGCUGAAUAUGCCGUUGCGCCAGCAAGCCUAACAAUCUGUAGGCCUCCUGUAGUAUCAGCAGCUGAAUCUGCAGGCCUACCUGUAGCUGCUGCCAGUGCUCUCCAGGCACUAAGGACCAUGGAGACCAAGUUUGACGGGACCGGCAAAGCUGCCAAUGUCUUGAUCACCGCUGCUUCUGGUGGCGUAGGGCUGUAUGCAGUUCAGCUUGCCAAGUUAGCAAACCAUCAUGUGACCGCUACCUGUGGGGCUCGGAACAUAGAACUUGUGAAGAGCUUGGGUGCGGAUGAGGUGCUGGACUACAAGACUCCAGAAGGUGCGAGUUUGAAGAGCCCUUCUGGUCGGAAAUAUGAGUUGGUUGUACACUGCACUGUUCGUAUCGAUUGGUCUACUUUCGAGCCAAAUCUGAGUGCUAAUGGAAAGGUUAUAGAUUUAACACCCGGCCUUGGGACUAUAGUCAGAUCAGCAUGGAAGAAAUUGACCUUUUCCAAGAAGCAGUUGAUGCCGCUGCUAGUGGUGCCCAGUAAUGAGGACCUGAAAUUUUUGGUUGAGCUGGUGAAGGAAGGUAAGCUUAAGACGGUGGUGGACUCGAGGCAUCCGCUGAGCAAGGCAGAGGAAGCUUGGGCUAAGAGCAUGGAUGGUCAUGCUACAGGGAAAGUCAUUGUGGAGAUGUAAGCAAAGAGUUAUCAUUCUGCCUCUAUUUUCUAAAACGUGUAGAUGAAUACACAAAUUGAUGGCUUGUGUCGGCUCGGUAUUGUUUGUAUAAAUUUAUGAAUUCUGGCUGGAAAUUCUGGCUUCCUGUUAUUACUCAUGCACUGCCUGAAGUGAUAAGCCAUGUGCUAUCUAUUUGUUC